AUGACAGCAGCAGCCACCUUUUGGGAUGUUGCUGAACCCGUCGUAUUGUGUGAUGAAAUCGGGUUGUACUUGUGUUCCUUAGCCAAAGUUAUAAUUUAUGUGAAACUUCAAAAGAUCCUUGUGCCUGGCCAAUCCAUCUCUAACUGGGACAUUAUUGAGAAAUUGAAAAAAGCGGUUAAUCCUAUUCAGCUUUUUGCGAUCAAGGUUACUGAUAGUACAUUGGAAAGUGUGACAUUCGAAGCAGAGUUGAUCUCUCAAGUCAUGAUGUUCCAAGCACUUAGAAUAUUCAAUGAUAUGAAGAUCAAAAUGAGCGGUUUCUCUGAGCCUUUCCUGGUUUCGGCUGAAAAAGCUGAUAGCGGUUUUCCGACCUCUGUUUCCUGGGAUAAAUACUUUCUGAAUAGAGGAGACAUGAACACCCCCGGUCGAAGAGCAGACACCAUCUACUUAGCAAAUAUACCUUGUAAAUGGUUCGCCGAAGACGAUUCAGCUAAGCCUUCCGAGACUUUAUUGAAGAAAGCUUUGUCCAAAUAUGGAAGCAUCCGUGCUGUAGAUAUUCCAAACAAUGAUAUUGAUCGCUUGUUGUAUCCAGUGAGCAUAUCAGGAGUCAGAAGUAAAAGAUUCUCUUUCGAUCAGGACCUUACAUUCGAGUGUUAUGUUCAGUAUGAAGAAUGUGAAGGAUUUGAAAAUGCUAUGAAAGGGUUGAGGGAUAUGAAAUGGUUCAAGAAAACGGAAGAAAAAGUGUACCAGGCCAAUAUUAAGGUAGAAUUUGACAAGUCAUUCCAUCUCAGUUCGGAAUUGAUCAAGAAAAGAGAGUCUUUCAAAGAAAAUAUUGUACAAAUGAAACUCAAAAAAGCUGAAGCAGAGAAGCAAAAGCUAGCAGAAGAGUUAGAUAGACAGCAACGAGAAAAGGAAGAGAAAGAGGCGGAAUUGAAGAAGAAAGAGGAGAGAAGAGUUUUGAAGAAGGAGCUUGACAAGAAAAAGCGAGAGGAAGACGAAGAUAAUCGAGUAAAGCUCGAAGAAAUGAAGGUAAAGAAGGCGGAGAGGUUAGCUCAGUCAGAAAGGCUUCUUGAGGAUGUUUUCGAUCGUCUUGAUGAGAGAGAGAAUAUCAAGAGACUCAAGGAAUUGAAAGACAGAAAAGAAAUGAGAGAAUUGACUUUCGAUGAUCAGAUGGACGCUUCUGCUAAGGAAGAGAAACUGCGCAAGCUGUUGCUUCUUCAACAAGAACAGAAAAUGAGAGAAAUGUUGAAGAAGAAGCUCUCUCGGCGGAGGUCCAGAAGUCGUUCCUCAGAUUCUAACAGUGAGUACGAGAAUAGAAGGCGGAAGAAAAAGAAGAAGUCUUCACACAGACGAAGUAGGUAA